GACGCCUGGCAUUCAAACGGCUGUCCCAUCAAAGAGUUUCUCAUACGAUAUCGAGUGACUAAAUACGAGACCGAGUGGUCAGAAGUGUCGGCACAGGUCUGGCCCCAGGAGUCGAGCAUUGAACUGCUGGGGCUGAGCCCCGGGCACUGGUAUCAGCUCAACAUUAAAGCGGUGAACGAGGCCGGAGCCGGCGAACAGACUUAUCAUUUCGCUACGCUUACAGCUCAGGGAGGCACAGUAUCGCCGCUAUCGGAAAGGGAGCCCCCAUUAGGGGGGUUGGAGUCGAUCACAAUUGUGAUACCUGUGAUAUGUUCGGUGAUUGUGCUCUCAGUUAUACUCGUCAUCGGACUCAUAGUCAUCAACAAACGCCGGCCGUUGACCAGUACGGGGCCCGGGGGUGGUGUGGGGACCCCCGUUAGCCGACACCCCAGCGAAUCGCAGCAAUACUGUCGCGACGACCAACUGCUCAGUUCGGCCUACCAUUUGUCUGUGUUGGACAGUCAGCCCCAGGGGGUGGGCAUCGGGGGUACCCCUCAUAAGGACAGUCGCGAGAAUCAGUGCUUUCACACGACAACUGUAUUGAACGAAAAGCAGCUAUACUUUCAGUCGCCGUACGCUCUGAGCCGUGUUGUCGACCAUAAACUGUGCGCUUUUGAUGGCAUCGAUAGUUCAGAUGUGGACGAUAUGUCGUCCGUA